GUGGAUACUACCAGAUCUAAAUUGUAUUUUGGUUUUUCGACGAAUGUGGAUUUUUUGACUUACAACGGCGAGAACUACUUUUCCACCAUCUCCGCAUACUACUUUUUUGACCCGUAUCACAAGAAUGAAGAGAACGUGCUUCGUCCCUCCUUUUCGCCUACUAUAAAACGCGCGUGUUGUGAUACGCUGAGACCGUUUGGGAACACUUAAAUCGCAUGCGCUGUUCCCAGACGUUAGCUAUCUUGCCAUGACGAUCUCUCUUGGCAGAAACUAAACUGCUUCUUGGGGAAGGGAGCUGUGUUAUCCCGACACCUUCAACCACGUCUGUCAUAGAACAAAAUGGAGGACCAGCCUCCAACGAAGAAGGCCAGGCUAGUUUCCAAGCAGGACAAGCAAACUGCAGAGAAGAGUGCCAAUGGAAAUACGAAGCCUGUGAAGCCGAGCCCACGGGAAAAUGACGCUGCAGCGUUGAAAAAGAAGAAAGAAAAUGGUCAUGUGGCAGCAGGUCCUGGGAGUAAGACGAAGCCCGGCGGCGCAGACGAGGAUAAGAAAGGAGAUGCAGUGAAAAAGUAGAAACUUGUUAUGAUUUUUGACUGUGACUUCUUAUUCGAUAUUGAGUAAGUCAAAUUAGAGCACGAAGAGAGCACAUUCCGGCUGAUAACAGCCUUGGUCUCCAAUUUCUAUGAUUUCAUGUUUCCUCAAUGAUCAUUCACUUUCCCAUCUCAGAUCUGCGUCCCGUACAGAACAACAGCCUGCCACAAAUGGAAAAACUGCUGGUACAGAGAAGGAAAAACAAACUUCAAGUAAUGCCACUGCUGCUAAGAAGAAGGAUGCCACUGCCACAGGAGAUGGUAAAGAUGGCGCACCAGCAAAGGCUGCUUCGAAGGUUCCCGUGCCAAAGCGGACUUUUUUUGGAGAGAAGAAGCAUUUUCAGUACUUCCGCAUCCCUGACGAACUGGAGAAGCGGACUUUCCGCAACGAGCGCGACGCGUGGCCCGACUUCUUUGCGAAGCAAAAGGACUCGUUCAACAGUACUUGUACCACAGAAGCACACGUGAACAGUUACUGCUUAGAAGUAGUGAGGGCAGUGGUGUUUGACUGGAUUCCAGUAUGUUGCGGGAUUCAGAUGCUCCUGUUCCUAGUGGAGCAUGAGGCGCAGCUGAAAUGGACCUGCAAUCCCCUCAACGACGAGAUGCAGCCAGUGAUGAGCGGGAAAAAGGGAGACUCGCCAGGUAUAGUUCCCUAAUGCCUGCUUUCUGUUUAUGGUCACCCUCAUUUUGACCCAAUUCUUGUUUUGAAACUACUGCCUGACCUAGUUUUUGCACCGCUGUAUCCACGGGAUGAAAAACAUCAUUGAUAGUAUUAGCUCUAUCUGAUCGUUUGUGACGAUAGACAUGACUGUGGUUUCUCUGACGGAUCACAGCGGUGCACUUUAUUUAGGGUCGGUCGAUUAUCGCCUAUACAAUGAUCGAAGAAUUCUACCAUGAUCGAAGUUAAUCAUCUGACAAACAAAAGAACCGAAGUUGAUCAUCUUUCAAACACAACAGAAAGAUCCUGUCAAAACAAACACUUUUUCAUUUGCUGAACGUAACCAUUCAUAACAGCCUUUGCCGACGAAGCAGAGACGCUGGAGGAUCUUUACAAGAAGGGCUAUGUCGUCGGCCUAUCUCGGGAAGAUAAGUUGAAGUGCCUCAGCAAUGUUCUAUUGAUGAUGUCGCAGUUUUUGCCGGCACCUGUCAAAAACGAAGCUGGAAAACAACUAAGGGAUGCUUUUACAGCGAAUUUCGAUGCUUUGGCUGUGGCGCUAGUGAGAUAUCGGGUACUUGAACCUGCUUUUUGCAGUCCUUGAACUUGUAUUUUUGAGUCGUUCUUGCUGCAUCAGAUUUUCUUUGACCUGUCACAGACGAUUAUCACGGACCUUGCAACUUCAGAUUUUCUUUGACUUUGCAAUUUCAGAUAUUCUCCCGUUCCGAGCUGCUUUUCUCGAUUGAAGCGCCUGAAGUUUUGCCAGAAAAGAUCGGACCGGACAAGCGGAAGCUGGUCACUAGAAAAAACCAGUUGCGGACAAAGGAGAAGUUCACGCACAUCAGAUUUAACCUCCUUCGGGAGAAUCCGUCUGGGUACGCCGAAGUUCUGAUCUUGAUGAGGCAGUUACUACACGCAGGUGCAGGCCCAGUGACGGUUCAGGUAGAUGGCAUCGCGCAUCAGAUCCGGAGACAGCUGAAUGAGCAGAUUUUAGCGGGCAUAAGGGAGAGAAGAGAAGCCAAUCCUGACCUCUACAGCAGUCCAGAAUUGGAUAGGAGUCUCGAAGAUGUAGAUGCAGUACUAGAUCUUCCGAAACAUCUUACUGAAGCCGAAGUAGUGGAUCAGAUCCACUCCCUGUGUGGUGCACAAAGUUUGGAUUUAGGCAGGAUUGCGUCUCUGAUCCUGGACCACAUGGGCUUCAUCUUGAGCAGAUACCGUUUGCCAGUCGAGGUGUUAAGCUACGAAAUUAGUGGUGCAGGCGGGGCAGCUUCAGCAGAUCAGCAAGCGUGGUAUUCGAACCCUGUGGUUCGGAGCGUCAAUGUUUUAGCACGCCUGUUGCGGAGAGUAGUCCCAAGACAACGUGUCGCUGAGGUGUUGCAGUACCGACUGGGGCACGUGUAUCGAGAAAAAAUACCUCUGCUCGAGAAGGACUAUGCGGCGAAGGUGCAGAAGUACAGGGACACAACAUCUAAGGUGGACGAAGCGAAGCAAAGGUGGGACAAAGCAAAAACAGACCAGACGACAGCGGAAGACAAAGAACGGCGAGAGAGAAAUCACGUGUCUCAGAGGAUGCAUCGCGCAGAGCAAGAUCGAAUCCUGAGGCCACUCCAGAAUGCGGUACUGUCUUAUUAAAGAUUCAGAUUUCAAUUCGCUCUUGGACUUGGAAAGAUUGGAUCAGAUAUGAAUUCUCACAACCUGAACAGUCACAAGGAUCCUCUCGGCUCAUGAUGACAAAACUUUCAUGCAUGGCUUGCUUGAGGCUUGCCGGUGUAGAAAACCGAACAGAGACUUUUUUAUGUCUGAUAGAGGGCUUCCGACUAAAUCGAUGAUGAUGUCUUACCUGCAAAUGACACUCUAUUAUUUGGUGCGUGUCUCGAAAGAUGACAAAACUUUCAUGCAUGGCUUGCUUGAGGCUUGCCGGUGUAGAAAAGAACUAAGAGACUUUUUUAUGUCUGACGGAUGCUCUACCUGCACCUGGUGACAAAUCGUCAACUGGAAAGGUUAGGAAGAUCGUUUCCUCUGGUUAUGUAAGUACACCUCUGGUUAUGUAAGUACACCUCUGGUUAUGUAAGUACACCUCUGGUUAUGUAAGUACACCUCUGGUUAUGUAAGUACACCUCUGGUUAUGUAAGUACACCUCUGGUUAUGUAAGUACACCUCUGGUUAUGUAAGUACACCUCUCCAUGUAGGAAGUGCAGACGGUGAUCAAAUCUUCACUAUUCUCCAAAUUUUUCGUAACGUCAAACGCGACAUACUCUAUUUCACCUUUUGUCCUACCGAACGAAAACCACUGCCGAACAAUCUCAGGUUUCCCAGGCCCAGAAAGACGCUAGCUCGAGAUUACAGGAGGUGAUGCGGUAUCGCACAGAGCAACUCGAAUAUUGGGAAGAGAUGUCUGCUGCUCGCUCCACCAUCUCUCGAGAACGCAGUGGUAUAGAUUUCCAACUUGUAGCCUAUCUUGUGCAUGUUGGACUGCUAGACGCGGAUAGGAUAUGGAGCCAACUGCCAGCAACACUGUGGAGGAGUAAAGAACUAGAGGGUUUCUGCACUUUGGAUCCGGACUAUGUAGGAGACGAGAACGAAAAGCGACAUGCCGAAGAGCGGAUGGAGGAUUUAGCGUGGUUGCGGAACGUGUUGCCUGGCAAAUUAAGCGCAGCACACAAAGCCGCAGUGCAGCAUGUGCAUAGCAUUGUGCAAAAUCCAGACAAAGAGCAUGGCUACGAAAAACUCUGUUCGCAAGUCAACGUCAUGGAUUCCCCACAACUCAGACUUCUCUCUGGUCUGCUGUCGAUCAACGCUUGGCGAAGAGCAAGUAGUAUAUUGCAGAACAUCGGCAGGCAUGCUGGCAUGAUCCAUCGAGUGCGAGGAGAACUAGUUGCUUUGGUAAUGUGGGUUCUGGAUCCCUUGAUUCGACAAUAUGCCUUGGAUCCGGCAUGGGAAGAGGCAGCGCCAACGGAGUAUAAGCCGACAUCAGCAGGAUCGAAGACGUAGGAUAUUAAAUUUUUAUACGUUCAUUAUAGUCACAAACUCGGUGAAAAAUAAUCAUGAGGAUGUUUCAGAAAGAGUGUCUUUGGUGUACGAAAACAACUUUGUUCUUGUUGUGGUCCUAUGCAUAUUUCACGUCGGCAUCACGAAAAAAUGAUUCGAACACCCAACAAAAAACAGUGCUGUCGCCCACUACGACUGCCAGUGGGAUAAGGGAACCCCCGUAGCCGACAACGAGCAUCCUCGUGGCUACGAGAGGUUGUUUCAGAAAUUUCUGCGAUUCGACGUUUCCGGCAGAUCGCCCUUUCCUCUCGCGCAACCGACGGACACCGCGCCAACCAGUCCCAGUGGCUGCGUCGCCGAGAACGAUGACGAUGUCCCAGUAUCGCCUAUCAUGCGUAGUGUCAAAGCCUCUUUUUCAGUGAAAGGCAGUCCUGCAUCAUCGCCGAACGGGAAAAGAGGUGGGGCUGUGGUGAAUGGUAGUGAUCCUGACAGUACGGGAGUAUCGCAGCCGGAAUCCGGCAACUUCCACAUGGACGGCCUAAGAGACGGCGCAGCCACUGAGUUCGCCUACGCCCAUCUACAACCACAAGCAGUUCCUAGUUGUACUCGUCAAUUUAGUGGUCCUAGCGACUGGCACUUGGAUCAGCGAGUCAAACGCGGAGUUUUGCCGACAUCGGGGCAAGCCUACACCAUCGACGAAUUGCGAUUAGACGGCGCUCUGCCCGCGCCGGACGGUGGCCAUCUAGUCCAGUGUUUUCACAUCCGGGAUUUUCUGACGGCGAUCGAGCCGUUGCUGUUUUACCUAGAUAGCAGUUUACACCAAGAACCACGAUUGCUGGAGGUUUUGUGGAAAUUGACCCAGCACUACAUGGCGGAUCAACAGAGCAGUGGCGCUUUGGGCGUGCCACCGGGACAUCUGCCUCCAGGAACAACUGCAGGUGCUGGAAUUGUUGGCGACCCUGGAGCGUUGUCUGGUGUCACGUCACCUGGCGCAACAACUAGUUCACCAGCCGAGCCGGCAGAUCCUAGGAUACUACAACUGCUGACUGGCGUUUUGCUUCCAGCGAUCGCGAUGACGCACACAAUAUCGGAAUCUAUGGUUGCCUUGAUGUGGCAAGUUCUGCAAACUCUGCCUGGCGUCACUCGAUGGAAAGUGUACCAAGACAUGUUGGUUCUGUACGAACAGAAAGAGCCACUACCUUUGAUGAAAGCACGAGUGUCGAAAAAAGUGCAAAACGCAUUGAAGCGAGCGACAGGGGCAGCGUCACAGGGAGGAGCUGGUGGAGAAGGAGGCUCUGGAGGAGCACCCGGUGCUUCAGGCGGUAGUGGUCCAGCUGGCGGUCCAGGAUCUUCUUCUGGUGGCGGAUCUAGCAGUAGUGCAGCAGCGGCAGCAAACGACGCCUUAGCACAGACGUUGCAGUUCCACAUUGCGCGAUUGUCGGACAGCAAUCCACUGAUUGUCUACCGCACAGUGGUGGAACAAGUUGCAGUCGCUUACAACGACAACAUGAUUGUUCCAAUUUUGGCGUUGACGAAAAAGCUGUCCUAUUUGGCGGCGGACGCAGCAAGUUUCAGCUGCAUCCAAGAGUGCUUCACCCGAAGUCUCAAAGGCAGUCUGCUCUCUCAGGGCGUCAACAUUGAAGGAUGGCUCCAGAACUUGUCCAAGUGGAUUUCGCUGUUCUUCGCUGUCCAUCCGGACACGGAUGUCAGUUUAGUCUUGCAGGCGGUAGCGGACUUUAUUGAGGCACAUGCGACUAAGGGUCUGAACGCAGAUACGUUUGGGAAUUCAUUGUUGCAGGUGAUCGUGACGAACCUGAUCGCAAACAUGGGAAGCUGGUCCUACGUCACUGAGCUCAGCGAUUCACAAUUGGAGUUAGGACGAUUCUUCAGAAAUUGAUAUCGAUAACUUGGUAGAUACGUCGCAGUGAAAUAGAUGAAGUUGAAAGAGCUCGUGUUUCCAAAAAAGAUCUAGAUCAUUCGAUUUCUAUACCUCCUUUUGUAACGAUCCUUUCUGGAUUUAUCUUUGUCACGUAGUUGGCAAAUGAAUGAAUGAAUGUCUGCUUCUAAUCUGCAUCCUUUCUGGCGGUGUGCAAUUGCGAACCGAGCAGAUCUACGCCAAGAACGCCCAGUUCGAAACCAACGAUACCAUUGCCCGUGACGCCCGUUCGCAAGAAAUCCUCCUACGAACAUUAGAAACCACCGAUGUCGUUCGCCGCUUCUGGCGCUCACUCGGUCUCAUGCGUCGUGCCAGCACCUCUGACGACAACCUCGCCAACGUGUUGCAGCAGAUGCGUGGACCAGCAGCUAGUCAUCUGAAGAAAGUCGGCUACCUCUACGACCAAACGCAUCAGUGUUUGAUGUCCAUCACGCAAUUUUUGGGUAGAAGCUUGCGCCCGCGACAAUACCACUCUCUAUUGCCACAAGACAUCAACAGCAUCUUCAACGAUUUCGAACCAGCAUUUGCGUACACGAUGAUUAGGCCAGCAUUGCCAGCAUGGCACGAGAAUGUGACGGACGAGACGUUCUUGUUAGACUCUACAGUGUCGUGGAACACGGACAUAGCGGGUGUCUCAAAUAGCUUCCGAUACGCGUUUUGGAGGCUGGAGCUUGGGGAUAUUAGCUGCCCGCCACAGUAUUUGAAUUUAUACUACAUUUUGGGAAUUAUUAAGAACGUGUUUCAUCAAUAUGACUUGUCGACCAGAUGACAACCAAAUAUUUACAACUUUUCGGCUAAUCCAAAAGGUGUAUUAAGACUUGCUUCUCAAAAUUCAUUUCCAAAAAUCCAGGUACGAUUCCUGCAUCUCUGCUCACGAUAAAGUCGUGAAGGAGGUCAAAGAGGAGAUUGAGAGGCUUCAACUGCGCGCUUCCACCAGUGUCACGGCGCGCGAUUACCUAGAGCAGAAGAAGGCGCUGCGCGACGAGCGGCAGGACGCCAAGCAGCAUCUCAAGGAUGAGCGUGAUGGCCAGUUGAAGCGUGUGCACCUCACUCUCCAAAGAAUAGAACGGGAGAAAAACACUUGGGUGUUGGAGAACAGUGAAAGGACGUGUAAGAAUCUAGUGUCCGAAUUCUUGGCCAAACGUUUUUUGCUGAGUUACGACGACGCAUUGUUCUGCAGUUACUUCACAUUUUUGCUAGUGAAGACGAAAACAAAGGGCAUUUCGGCGACUGAUUUGGGACAGAAAAUCGUCGACGCUUUAUCAGCAAAAGUGGACGCUUGCACGGAAGAUGAAGCGAGAAUUUUGGGUGUCUUCGUCGCAAACUUCCUCAAGAACAUGAACACGAUUGCCGAGGAUAAGAGCAUGUACUUACUAGUGUUUUUUUUCAGAACAUGAGCACGAUUGCCGAGGAUCAGAGCAUUUACUUACUAAUGUUUCUAAGUUGUUUUCGAUUUUCAAGAAUGAUGGAAGAUGUUAACUUCAUCCAGUUUCCCUUAGCAUUCGCGUUUCGUCGGUGGACACAGAAUAUGAGUUCUUGGAUUUGAUUCUCGUCUCCUCAACAAAACAAAAUUGAUUUAUGUCUCUUUACACACAGGUUCCAAGGCGAAAACCCGUGCAUGCAGAAGCAGUACUAUUUCGCCGAUACCCCAGCGAGCGAACGCGAAUACCUGA